AUGUCUUCAGAUAACCAGUGGUCAGCAAAUGAGGAUGAAGGCCAAUUAUCCUGACUCAUCAGGAAGUCUAGGGACUCCCCCUUUGUCCCUGUAGGGAUAGCAGGCUUUAUGACUGUGGUAUCCUAUGGGCUUUACAAGUUAAAGUACAAAAAAGAUAAAAUUCAUGUUAUCCACAUAAGAGUUGCUGCCCAAGGAUUUGUUGUAGGAGCUGUGACUCUAGGUGUUCUCUGUUCUAUGUAUAAGGACUACGUUAGGCCUCGAUUCUUCGAUGUGUUCAGAAAAUGAAGCUGCAUACAAGAAAAACAAGAAGGCUUCUGAAAACAUUUAUUAUAAAGAAUGAAUUUUCAGUAUGUAGCAAAUUAUACUGCAGAAGUAUCAGACAGAAUUCCCAUAGCCUUGUAUAGUCUGUUGUUUAAGAAGUUGAUUUCUAAAUCAACAAUCAUAAAUAGUCAAAUCAAAAAAUAUCCUUAUCAAUAUCUUUCAUAAUCUAGGACACGACUGUUUGACUUUUAAAAUGUUUAUUUUCUAGUUAGUGGUAGAAAAUAAUCCAUAUUAUGCCAAACCACAACGAAAAUUAGGAGUUAUAUAGUGGCUACGGAAAAUUUUUCUAUAUCCAUAUUAAAUAUGAUAUUAUAGGUCAUUGCCUAAUUCUGCCAAAAUAAGACCUUCAUAAACUUCUUUUUAGAAGGGGCAACAAUUACAUCAGAGAAUGGUCAUAUUACUUAAGUUUGGUUCACCGUUGUGUACCUCACUCAUACAGAAAUUUGACUAUUUUACCACAAAC